ACAGACACCGCAGUCGGCAGCAGCGCAUGUUUGUAAAUAAAAAUGCAAACUUUCGAUCUCAGGGUGUGAAGCAUUCGGUCGCUUCGCGAGUGAGUGCGUCGGGCCCACACAUUUAUUAAUAGAACCCGGCGGCGGCGGCGACGGCAUUUAUUUCUCUCUUUACUCUCCUCCUCGCGAGAAGAAGAAAUGAAUGCGAGGGACGACGUUUGGCUGCCGGCCAGUGUGUUCACCACCGAGAUAGAGAUAGAAAAAGAGAUGGACUCGCAAACGUGCGAUCACACUUGGCCCGACCAAAUCGCCAAAUUUGUCAAAAUUUGCACAGUUUUCAUUUGAGAGAGAUGGUUUGCCAACCACAACUGGAAGAGCAGGAGGACCGGCUGAAAGAGAACCUGCAGGUUUCCAACCCUGAGGCCACCAUGGCGGUCGUGCCUGUCCAAGAAGAGCCACAGCCUGCCAACAUCACCUGCAUCGUCCGCAACCACGUCGACUUUAGCACCAACUCGGGUCCCAUCACGAUUUUUGUAAAGGAAAAUGCGACUGUCGCUGGCCUGUACGGACAAAUCGCCAACCAGCUCGAGCUGAACGAGUCAGACUUUGACAUCAACUUCAAAACAGAGGUGCUGCCGAAGACGGGCCCGUCACCUUCGGUCCUCUCGGUCGGCAUCAAAGCCGACGGUCGCAACAUGCUGACCCUGACGUCUGCCAUCAAACUGAAGAAGAAGACAAAUUUGCCCAACACAAAUCGCUUUAGUGAGGAGGACACGACCAACGAGAUUGAAAACGGAGCUGCGGCAACUGCAGUCGCGUCAACUUCGACCGAAGAAUUUGCCACUCACUCUGUCUUGCCUGCUCCAGCAAUUGAGACGUUUGAAAAAAAAUACGUAGGGCUCGUGAACCAAGCCAUGACCUGCUACUUGAACAGUCUCCUGCAGUCGUUGUUCAUGACUCCGGAGUUCCGCAACGCUCUUUACAAGUGGGAAUUUGACGGCACCGAUGAAGAGUCGAGGCGGAAAUCGAUUCCCUUCCAGCUGCAGAGACUGUUUCUAAAACUGCAGACGUCAAGCAAAACAGCUGUUGAAACAACAGAUCUUACUCGGAGCUUUGGUUGGGACUCAAGUGACUCGUGGACCCAGCAUGACGUGCAGGAACUGUGUCGAGUCAUGUUUGACGCUCUCGAGCACAAAUUUAGGAAAACCGAACAAGCCGACCUCAUCAAUAGGUUAUAUCAAGGCAAGAUGAUUGAUUAUGUAAAAUGUAUGGAAUGUGGAAAGGAGAAUAUCAGAGAAGACACCUUCCUAGAUAUUCCCCUCCCCAUCAGACCCUUUGGCAAGGAAACAGCUUACGGCAGUGUUGAGGAUGCAUUGAAUGGGUUUAUUGAGCCGGAAACAUUAGAUGGAAAUAACCAGUACGCGUGCGAGAACUGCAACAAAAAGUGUGAUGCAAAAAAAGGACUCAAAUUUGUCAAAAUUCCAUAUCUUCUCACCCUUCACCUGAUGCGCUUCGACUUUGACUACAACAGUCUGCAUAGAUUAAAAUUGAACGACAAAGUGGUCUUCCCAGAGAUCUUGGACAUGAACCCUUUCAUCAGCACUACAGCUAAAGAAUCUCGAGAUGAUGAAAAAGGAGACGAGGCUGAGGUAAAAAAGGAAAAAAUCGAACUGCAGAUUGUGGAGCCGAUACAGGAGGAAAAUGUAGAAAAGGUUGCCGAAGUUGGUGUUAACGAUUCAGCAUCAAGCAUUGACAAUGAAUCGCUGCCCUCUCUGGAACCAGCAGAGCCAGUUUUGAAUGGAGAUGCUAAGGUCAAUGGUGCGGAAGCCGAAGACAGUGUCUUUGAAAACGGAGAAGCCGCAUGCAUAAAUGACAACAACGAGAAAAACACUAGACGGAGCCUCGAAAAGGGGCCGUACAUGUACGAGCUGUACGCCAUCCUGAUCCACUCCGGCAAUGCAUCCGGGGGACACUACUAUGCAUACAUCAAGGACUUCAGCAGUGGCCAGUGGUUCUGUUUCAACGACCAAAAUGUUACCAGGAUAACGAGUGAUGACAUUCGGAAAACAUAUGGAGGCAGCCGAGCGUACUACAACUCUGGAUAUUCACCAAGUACGAGUGCCUACAUGCUGAUGUACCGGCAAAUAGAUAAGGAGCGGAAUACUGAAGUCAUGAAAGUGGAAGAUUUCCCUGAACAUAUCAAGAAUCAACUGGCUGCAAUGCAAAAUGGAGAUGGUGAUAGUUACUGCAGAGAUUACCUGAUGGACACCGUCAAACUCAAAGUCUUUUGCUACUCGCCGCAGAGUGACAGGCAAACAAACUGCAAGCUAAACUGCCUGGGCAGCCUCACUCAAAAAGAAGUCCUUCAGAUGGCUCACAAAGAAUUAAAUCUGCAAGCGCACCCCAUUGAAAACUGCAGACUGGUCUCUUACGAUAGUAGUCAGUACUCGAUACUCGGCAGUCUACACGAGUACGAGGAGGAAACGAUUGGAAAUAUUGUGACCACUCUGGACGGAAAGCAGAAUUUCUUGCUUCAGAUCAAGAGCAUCCCAGACCCGUGGCAGCCUUUUGUAUCUGGAGAUUCCAUUGCCAGGAUUUUUACUGUUAAUCCUGAAACGGAGGAAUUGCAAGGGCCUUUCAUGCUGCCUGUCCACUACAGAAUCGAUGCGUUGGAGUUCAAGAAGCUGAUGCAGAGGUACAUGCCCGAGUUGUUUGGCUCAGUUCCUGUCGACAACAUUUCCGUGGUGCUGGAAAAGUUCUCCAUGGAAAGUCUGUACCCCUUGCAAGAAGGCAGCCAGCUCUUCGACUCUGACAGUUACGCAGCCACCAUGAAGAAGGUAUUUGUCGGUGUCAACGACGACGAGAAGUCUUUCCAAAACUCGAAGCUGUACAAAGUGAUCGACCGUUACCAAAAUAUCAUUACGUUGGUUGUUUUAUUGCCGGACCUCGAAUCUGAGGACCUCGAGGACUUGGAGAUUCCGCUGCUGAGUGCGUACAAUCAGCAGAAGACUGAAGAGGAAGAGGCUGCUCGAGAACGGUCGAGUCCGAAUCCACCUCGUCCGCAGAGCAGCCUUCAAGUGGCACCUUCCUCAGCGGCUGCCUCGGAAGGUAACGAAGAAGACUUGGCCGCCAGCACUGACCAGAGUGCAAGUGAAGAUUCAAGUCUGACUGACAGUGACAGGACCCUGGUUGGUGACCAGGAGAACUUGCUCGUGCAGCUUUCCUCACCCAGCGACGAGUCGGCCGGAGGUGAUGGACAAGCAGCCUCUUCGCCCGACGAUCCUCCUCAGGACAAGGAAGGCAAAAAUGAGUCUGAUUGGGAUGACGUGGAUGGAGACAGAGAUGGUGCCAGAGUUUCCCACUCGAGGCCUCAAAGUUACACUUACUUCAAAGCAACUCCAUUGGACGAGGGAUCUUCAAAAAUGCUGAUUGUGGAGGUGGACAAACGCGUGUCGAUGGCGUGGUUCAAGAGGCACCUCGAGCCAUUUGUCGGCGUGCCAUGUGACUACUUCAAAGUACUUCGCACGAACGACGAGUACGAUUACACCAGUCUGAGUCCGAGCUUCCGUGACGGUGACAAAGUCAACGUCCGCCUAGGCAGAGCGCUGAGGAAGGGAGAGUUUACUGGAAAAGUUUUCAAACUCGUUCCUGACGAUACUGACCCUACAAAGUUCCUGUUCAACUGCACGCUUUCCAAUGGAAUGCUUGUCUCCGACGCCAAAAAGUUAAUCCUCAAGGAUCUGAAGAAAAAGAACAACGUUGAGAUUCCGUUAGAAAGGUGUCGACUGAGAAAGAAAAGCUGGAAAAAUCCAGGCCAGGUUUAUUACGACCACCAGAAGUUUGAGGAAAGCAUGUGCCUGAUGGCAAACUGGGAGAUGUUCCUGCAAGAACUGCCUGAAAACUGGCCGCAAAAAACUUCAGAGGACUCUCUACCCGAGCUGGUGCUUUUUGUGCGCAAAUGGAGUCCAAGCACCAUGACCAUGGGGCCAUUCGAAGAGGUCGAGUUGUCCACGACAACUGGGCAAGAGCUGAAGGAAAAGCUAUCUGGAAUGAGCGGCAUCCCUGCUGAAAACGUAGGCAUAGUGAAGGCGCCAGGCUCGUUCCCUUGCGACAUUUCUGUCUUGACUGUGCACACCGAGCUCGAGUGGAUUUCAGCAACGAGCAACCUCAACGAGUGGCCAUUCAACAUCUUUGAAGACGGACACGUGAUUUUCUACAGAGACAACCAAGAGCAGCUGAAGGAGUUGACGGCGGAGGAGCGGAAGGAGCUGGAGAAGGCGGAAAACCUGCGCAAGCCGCGAGUGGGCGCGAGCAGCUGGACCUUCACUCCGAGGAAAGAGCGCGGCCUGCGCAUCUAUCUGGACCCGACGCCCCCAAAGGCGACCGCGCCCGUCGCCGAGGCCUCGCCAAACGAGCUCUUCAGCAACUACUGAGUGCCUUGCAGGACUGAUCAGCUACUCGCGCUUUGCCAAAGACCAAGCUUGUUUCCUCACCGUUGGUCGUUUCCCGAGGGAAGAAAUAACAUUGUUUUUCAUGUGUUGACGAGAUUUCAGUUUUGUGACGCCAACAAGUGCCUUUCUAUCUCACGUAUCUUUAGUUUCAGAAAAGUAAUGUGGCUUGUUAACUUGAUUAUAUUGAUUCUCGGCUGAAUUUUGUUAUGAAAAGUGCAGAGAAUUGACCAAACUUUGUGUGAGAUGAUUUGCAAAAUGGUUUGGUUGCUUUAAAGAAUUAAUAAAUUAGAGCAGCGAUAAUUUUGUAAUUAAAUUUUUGUUUCUUUGUCUUUUUUGCUUGUGCACUCGCGACGUGGAAUUUACUCGCUGUUGUCUGUUGCGCCUUCGUCGAGUGGUUGCUGGAUGACUGCGAUUUCCCUUUUUUUUUUUAAAUAAUUAAUUGUUGUUGUUGCCUAAUUUUUACUGUGAGAAAGAGCCAAGUUAACUAAAAGCUACUGCUGCAUUUUUGUCCAUGGAGCUACUAAAAUAAUCGCAAUCUGCUGUCGGAUUGUGUUAAGAAAUGUUCGUGAUAGGCCGGAAAGUGCGCUCAAAUUUGUAAAUUAAAUUGUUCUCGGCUCAAAUUUGCACACGAAAAAUACGAGCCGGAGACGAGCACUCAAGAAUUUUAAGUGCGGGUACAUAUGAAUGUGUAUAAUUAUUAACAAUUAAUGAUAAUCUGUGUGAGCAAAUGAAACGAUGAUCGAAUGACUUGUCUCAAAGUGUAAUUAAUAAAGGUCAUUUUAACCUACA